AUGAAGGAAUUACUCCGUGACCGAAUCAGUCAUGCCCAGUCCGUGAUCGACCUUUAUGAGUCCUCCACUCAAGUCCCCGAAAAGGAGAUCCAACCCCUCAACCCCUACGAAAGUAACCUACAGCAACUUGAGCCUUUCGAGUACAUGGAAUCGCGAACCUUUGGUCACGUUCUUUUUUCACCAUACUUUGGGUUGAGCAGUUCCUCGCCUGCCCGCUUCCGCGACUGGGUUUUGAUAGAGCUGGAUCAGAAGAAGCACCAAACGCUGGUGAAGGAGUUUGGAAACACGGUACCCGAGACUCUUUCUCCAGUCUUUAUGGAGCCCCAGUUUAUGCUUUGGGACUAUUUUAACCCGGGACGAAAGCGGACAAUUUGCCUGGUUCCCGGGGCUCAUAUAUACACUCAGACUGGUGUCAUGCCGGAAGCUGAAAUGAGAUGCCCUGACUUUGGCUUCGCAGUGCCAGGAAAGACAGUUGUUGGGGAGGAUUUCACGAGGAUAUGCAUGUAUGGUAGCGCUAGCGGAGCAAGGCACGGUGUCAACAAUACAGCUAGGUCUGUUCGACGAAUUAUUGGAGACUUUCUGAUAGUUUCUGAAGAAUGGUGCAUCCUGGACUCUAUUGAGUGUGAAAAGAGGGAGCCUUUCUCUAGGCAGGGAGAUUCGGGCGCCAGUGUCAUGGGAGAUGAUGGUCGUGUCGCGGCAAUUCUGACGUCUGGUGCCCAGGGCGGUAACCAAGGAAUGCAUCAUGUCUCGUAUGCAACGCCCAUUGAGUGGCUGUUGGACGAUAUUAGAGGACACGGAUAUGACGUGGAGUGGAUGGGCAAAGAAAUCCCUCUGGAUUAUUUCCACAACCGUCUCUAA